GACGCAAUAUUUUGACAUUUCUUUUUAAACACGUGUUGUACGUGUGAUGGACUCUUUCCGAGUCCAGUUAAUAUUUACUAGAAAAUAACAAUAUUACAACUACAAAAUGAGUUUGUACAACUUUAAAAAGAUCGCCGUAGUCCCUACGGCAAAGGACUUCAUAGAUAUAAUUUUGUCAAAAACACAAAGGAAGACUCCUACGGUGGUGCACAAGCAUUAUAAAAUAUCCCGGAUACGUGGGUUUUACAUGAGAAAAGUGAAAUUUACGCAACAGAACUUCCACGACAGACUGUCCCGUAUUAUACAGGAAUUCCCGAAGCUAGAUGAUGUGCAUCCUUUCUAUGCUGACCUAAUGAAUGUGCUGUACGACAAAGACCAUUACAAGCUGGGUCUGGGCCAGCUGAAUACUGCUCGCCAUCUCAUUGACAAUGUAGCAAAAGACUACGUACGCCUGCUCAAAUACGGCGACUCGCUGUACCGCUGCAAGCAGCUGAAACGCGCAGCGCUGGGCCGCAUGGCCACCAUCAUGAAGAGACAACAAGCCAACUUGGCUUAUUUAGAACAGGUCAGGCAGCACUUAGCCCGUCUCCCGUCCAUCGACCCGUACACGCGGACCAUCAUCAUCUGCGGCUUCCCCAACGUCGGCAAGUCCAGCUUCAUCAACAAGAUAACCCGAGCCGACGUGGAGGUGCAGCCAUACGCCUUCACCACCAAGAGCCUGUACGUGGGACACACUGACUACAAGUACCUCAGGUGGCAGGUGAUAGAUACUCCCGGAAUCCUCGACCAUCCCCUAGAAGAGCGCAACGUGAUAGAAAUGCAGGCGGUCACCGCGUUGGCGCACCUCCGCGCCGCCAUCCUGUACUUCGUCGACCCCUCCGAGCAGUGCGGCCACAGCAUCGAGGACCAGAUAUCUCUCUUCGAGAGCAUAAAGCCGCUGUUCAGCAACAAGCCCCUGGUCGUGGUGCUGAACAAGAUGGACGUGAUCCGGCCUGAAGACCUCGCCCCCGCCAAGAGGCAGCUCAUCGAGGAGCUGGAGGCCCGCUGUGCCAAGAACCCGGUCAACGCGGAGUCCAACUCGGAGCUGUCGUCGGUGCCCGUGAUGCGCGCGUCCACCGUCACGGGCGAGGGCGUGCAGGAGGUCAAGAUCGAGGCCUGCGAGCGGCUGCUCGGACACAGGGUCACUGAGAAAAUGCGCACUAAGAAGGUGGACGGCAUCCUGAACCGGCUGCACGUGGCCACGCCGGCGCCCCGCGACGGCAAGGCGCGGCCGCCCGUCAUACCGCCCCAGGUGCUCGCCAGGAAACAGCUCGCGGCAGACAGAGAGGCCAGGAAGAGGAAGUUAGAGAGGGAGAUAGAGGUGGAGGAGGGCGACGAUUACGUUUUGGACUUAAAGAAGAACUACACAGAGAUCGCCGAAGAGGAACGCCACGACCCGAUCCCAGAGUUCUGGGAGGGCCACAACAUCGCCGAUUACAUCGACCCCGACAUCUUCGAGAAACUCGCAGAGUUGGAGCGAGAAGAGGCGCUGAGGGACGAGGGCGGCAUGUACGCCGUGCCGAAGAUAGAAUUAGAUGAAACUAUGAAGGAAAUCAAGCAAUUAGCUAUUCAAAUCCGCAACAAGAAGGCGAUCCUGAAAGACGAGUCCCGCAUCACCAAGCAGAGCACGAAGCCCGUCAUGCCGCGCAACACCCGCGCGCGGCAGCGGGACCGCUCCACCACCAAGCUGCGCGACGAGAUGGAGAAACUGGGUGUGGACAUGUCCUCGACGAAAGAGGCGCACUUCACCCGCACCCGCACCCGCACCCGCUCCCGCUCCCGCUCGCUCUCCGCGCCCGCCGCCAAGAGAGCGCGCGUCGACGUGUCCCGCUCGCGCUCCGUCUCGCGGCCCGCCCGGGACGAGCAGGGCGUCAAGGACACGCAGAUGGCGAAACGCGCGAAGAACAUGGCCCACGUGGCCAUCGCGAAGAAGACGAAGAAGAUGGGUCUCAAGGGCGAGGCCGACCGCUUCAUCGGCACCAAGAUGCCCAAGCAUCUGUUCGCCGGCAAGCGGGGCGUCGGCAAGACCGACAGGCGAUAAUACUUUUAAGAAUAGUUUUGAGUGUAGAAGUAUGGAAGGAAUAUUUAAUUACCUUUUUAUCACUAUAUGUUUCAUUUUGAAUUAUAUUGUAGCAUGGAAAAAAGAGAAACUGAAUGAGGCAAUAUUAUAUCUAAAUGCCAAUAACGACACAGGUGCGUUGAUGGUGAGAACGCAAUUUUCAUAUGAGUUUACUUCUGUAAUGGCUCCUCUACAUGAUGGCCCAGCGUAGGCCAGUCCUAGGGACGCAUUUAUGCGUUAGAGGGAGCAAGUGAUAUUGCUAUCUCAUUUCACCGCAUAGCUGCGUCCCUUGGACUGGCCUACGCUGGGCCAUCGUGUAGAGGAGCCCUAAUACAUUUUUUUUGUUAAAUGAAUACUAUUCUCCACCCAGUCCACCCAUUAUCUUAUCUAUUUUGAGUAUUCAAGAGAAAGUGAUUAUUUAUGUCUAAAAUAAAGUUGUACAAAAUUG